GGGGCGGUUGGCUCCAGACAAAUAAACAUGGAGUCCAUCUUCCACGAGAAACAAGAAGGCUCACUCUGUGCUCAACAUUGCCUGAAUAAUCUAUUGCAAGGCGAAUAUUUUAGCCCUGUGGAAUUAUCCUCUAUUGCUCAUCAGCUAGAUGAAGAAGAGAGGAUGAGAAUGGCAGAGGGAGGAGUCACUAGUGAAGACUAUCGAACAUUUUUACAGCAACCUUCAGGAAAUAUGGAUGAUAGUGGUUUCUUCUCUAUUCAAGUUAUAAGCAAUGCCUUGAAAGUUUGGGGUUUAGAGCUAAUCCUCUUCAACAGCCCAGAGUAUCAGAGGCUCGGGAUCGAUCCUAUAAAUGAAAGAUCAUUUAUAUGCAACUAUAAGGAACAUUGGUUUACGGUUCGAAAAUUAGGAAAACAGUGGUUUAACCUGAACUCUCUCUUGACGGGUCCAGAAUUAAUAUCAGAUACUUAUCUUGCACUUUUCUUGGCUCAGUUACAACAGGAAGGUUAUUCCAUAUUUGUUGUUAAGGGUGACCUACCAGACUGUGAAGCUGACCAGCUCCUGCAGAUGAUUCGGGUAAAACAAAUGCAUAGACCAAGACUCAUUGGAGAAGAAUUAGCUCAACUAAAAGAUCAAAGAGCACAGAAAACAGACCUAGAGCAAUCUUUAGAAGUAAGUCAUUCAUAUGAUGGAACUGGAAUGUUAGAUGAAGAUGAAGAAAAUCUACAAAGAGCUCUAGCACUGAGUCGACAGGAAAUUGAUAUGGAAGAUGAAGAAGCAGAUCUGCGUAGAGCAAUUCGACUUAGUAUGCAAGGUGGUUCCAGAAAUAAUAUUUCAGAAGAUAUUCCACAGACAUCAGGUACAAAUUCACCAGCAUCUCUUACUUCAGAAGAACUACGAAAGAGAAGAGAAGCCUACUUUGAAAAACAACAACAGACAGAACAGAUAUCACAUCUACAUGAAAAGCCAACUACAAGUGCAAAUGUACUUGAAAUUGAUCCAGGUGACGAUAUGACUGAAGAAGACAUGCUUCAAGCUGCUAUGAAUAUGUCUUUGGAAACUGUUAGUAAUAAUUUGAAGACCGAAGAAAAAAAAUAGCAAAGUGACUUUUUAAAAAAUAUCAAAAUAUUCAUAUUCCCCAGCAUUGACUCCUUAUGCAGAUAUCCUAUAUAAAGCUCAUUUCAGAAAUAUGUCAGAGUAGUACAGUGUUCAGAAAAAAAGUAGGGGGGAGGUAGCUCACAAAUAAAAAUGAUAGCAUAUACAUCAAGUUUAGAACUAAAAAGUAUAUCUUUCAAAUUCUAGCCAAAGAGGCAUUCAGCAAUUAAAGAAAUAGACAAUAGUUUUCUAAAUAAUAGCAUUUAUUCUCUUUUGGGGGUGGGGGUGGAGAAAAACCUCUUAAAGUAAGAAUUUUUUCAGAAUCUUUUGCAGACCAACUGGUCUGCAACUAUCAAUUGAUAGGAUCUAGCCACAAAUUUUAUCCAACUUAAUUGAUUAAUCUGAUUUACUUCUCUCUUACCGUCUCAUAGUUGCUUAUUUCUUAGUUUCCCAAAGGAUUUACUGCAAAGAGUAUCCCUUGUGUAUAGUUAGAACAGGUAUAAUGUUUAAUGGGAUAAAUCAUGAUAGCCACAAUUAUGUUUUGUGUACUCUAUCUUUUUUUUUUUUCAUUUUAUUUGACCUCAAUUUCUCUCCUAUAUUGUUUUCAUUCCACCUUAUUUGAAAUUAGCAUAUAAUAGGAAUGAUUUCCCAUCAUUUCAAUAUGCCAUAAAGGGAUCAGUGUCCUAUGAUUGGUGCAUUCCUGGAUUUGAAGGGAACCCUGCAAAAAUGAGGUGUUGAGGCACACUAUUCAGUUUGGGGAGAAUACAACAAUUUUUCCAGGUGCUUUAUGAAUAUCUUCUCUGUUAUGUCAAAAUGUAGCAGCUUUUAGAAGAACAUCCCAUACUUUAUGCACCUCAAUGUCAAGUUGUUUACUCCAUUGCUAAAGAAAAUAAGGAAAAUGAAUAAUGCAAGCUAGCUUGUGUUAAUUGUAAAACAAGGUCCAAGAUACAUGUGUAAUGGACUAAACUGGGUUACCUGGUUUAUAUCAUCCUGCAGCUGUUUUUUUGUUUGUUUGUUUUUAAUGAGUGGUGCUUUCUGUUUUACAUACAUUGGAAAUGUAUGGAAAUGUAGAUAAAUGCUGCUUGACAUAUAUUCCAUUUAACAGAAAUAUUUUUACAAAUGUCAUAAUCUUAGAACAUAUGGAAAUAAUUUACUUACUAAAUUAUAUUUAAAAUCAUGUCACUUGAAACAUACUAGUUAGCUAUAAAUAUAAUAAUAAUUGGAUGAUUCUACCAAGUGCGGUUGUUAAAAAAGUGUGGGGGAGAAAUUUGUCAAACAUCUUUUUAUAAUGGUUCCCAAAGGACUUUUUUUAAUGGGAGUAGAAUAAUGCUAUAAUUUGGGUUAAGAUUAACAGUGCCUUUUAAAAAUAGGCAUUUUGCUCCUACCAUUAGUCAUUAUUUGUUUUCAUUUAUAAAAUUUUUCAGAGUUAAUAUAUUAAAUAGGAAUGUCCAAAUUACAUCUUUGGAAAUUAAAGAUUAUAAUAGGUCAUUUAAAAAAAUUAUCACAGUACCAGAUGGCUGUACUGAUCAGGGAAAUUUUUUUGCUGUAAAAUUUGUUGCUAGAUAUAAUUGAAAACAUAAGAAAUGCCUUUUAUUGAUGAAGUAAUUUUUAACUUGACUAUAAACUUUGUUUUAAAAUCUCUUAUGUUGUGCCAUAUUAGAUUUUCCAAAGUGAAUCAGAGUAAUAAGAAAAAAUUUUGGCUACUAAGUCUUUUUAAGUAUUUUUAAUUUAUAAAAUAAAAUUCUUGAUUUUAGAAUAUAGUAAUGAAUAAAUCUGGAAGUCUGCACAAUUUUCACUACAAUUUUGUGUAAUAUUGCCAUGUCUAUUUUCCAUUGCCUUUUCCCUCUGAAGACAUACAUUCAACUCUUCACGUAUUUGAGUUAAUCCCUUUUAAUAUAGAAACAGAGUUAACUGUUAAGAUUGAAACUAUUCUAUAGUUUCUUACAUAGUACAAACUCUUAAAAAAAGGAAAGUAAAACAUAAGAUUUAAACCCUUAUAGUGCCCAAGUGAAGUAAUUUUUAAGAUUACACAUGUCAGCCUUAAUUCUUAAUGCUUUUUGUUGACUCAGGUUGGACCCUUAGGCCAGAAAGUUCAGGCUGAGUUAUAUGUACAUUGAAUAUGCCAUAUUAAUUUCAUAUUUAAAAAAAUUAACAUAUUAUCAUCUUAUCAUGGGAUAUAGACUUUUAGUAGUUUAAAUUCUAAUCAUUCAGAUUAUAUUCCUUAAUGGAUCCUUAACUUCAAAGAUGGCUGCUCCAUAAUAAUACAUUGUAUAAAAUAAAUUAACUGGAAAUACUAUCUCUCACCCUCAGCUUGCCUUCUUAAUCUGGCAUUUUAUUCAGUGCAAUAUAAAACAUUUGAAUCUGUGUAAAAUUUUAAAUUAUAUAAAGAUAUACCAAAUCUUAUCAUCUUCUAUAAGCAUCCUAUGUAGAUGUCAGGUUCCACAACUUGACUGUAGCCAUCUUUCUGAGAAAGUUUCAUCUGUGGCACUGAUGUAGAAAACUACUGUAAAUGUUCAAAAAAGGAUUUCUAUUCUGGGUCAACAAUUAGAAAACCAUUAAUGUUUAAUAUUUAAACAAUAUUUAUUCUUAUGUAUAACUGGUAUUAAACAGGAUUAACAAGGUCCAGAAAAGUUUUGGUUGGGUUUCCAUAACAUUAGUAAUAAGUAAUGACAAACUUGGAAAUGCCAAUGUAAUGUGUAUUUUCAGAUGAGUGCUUGAUUUUUACAUGGAAGAAAUACUGAUCAGAGUUUUAAAGUUGUAGGGUGAUGAAAUAAUCACCAAUAUUAAGGUUUGUGUAUAAAUAGAAAUAUUUGGAGGCAAACUAUCUUAAUAUAAAAAAUCAAAAAAGUAAAUUUUUUUUGUUUUAAAAUAUUAGGCAAAUAGUAUUUUUAAUUGAUUACAAAACAUUUUGUUUUGUUAAUGGAGGUUCAUUUUAAGUGAACUGCUACAUCAAGAUUUUCCUUAAUUAAGACAAUAUUGCUAAAAAUCUAGUAAAUCAAUGAAAAUAAAAUCAAAUAUAUUCCUUAGUAUAGUAAAGCAAAACUUAAAACUAGUUUAUGCCAAAACAAAAAUUAAAAAUACAGCCUAAUCUCUUGCUGUCAGCACAUUCAAUUUUAAAAAUAAUGCUUGUGCCAAUUUCUAUACUAUGAAUAUGUAUUUAAAGCUUCUGUACUGACAGACUGGUGCUGCCAGAGUGCAGAUAAAAACUUAAUUUGGUGCUUUAAAAAACUAUAGUUAGUUUAAUUUUGUUUUUUAAUGCUUUCAUUAGGUUGAAAAACAAUACUUUGAAAUUAGUUUUCACUUUAAAAAGAAUUAUUUUAAAAUCUGGUGAGACCUCUCUUUACAUUUGAAAGAUCUACUUUACUAGUUUGUUGCAAAUAGGUUGAUUUCUGUAUUUGGGUUUUAAUAUAUGUACUUCCAUUUUUAUGCACAUUUUUUUGUCUUUAUUCAAAACAGCAUUUCCAAACAUUUGCUUUACAUUUUUUUAGAAAAAAAUCACAUGAUUUUGAGGUGAUAAACAUUUCAAUUCAAGAAGAUAAAAAUCUAAAUAAAUGGGAGGAGGAAAAAGUAAAUAAGAAUUGGUUUGACUUAUUUUUAGUUUUAUCAGAUGAAUUUUUUUAUUUGUUAGGAAAUUCAUGUUGUGAAAUAUUUGUCAUUGAGUUUUUUCAAUCAUGAUUGGAAAUGAAAUUUUAAAGGCAAUUUUCAUCUAAUAAUGAUUUAAAUCUUUGAGCUGUAGGAAGUAUUCUUAUAAUUAUUUUGGUAGGGAAGGGUGAACCUGAGAAAGUGUAAUUGGUGUUGUGGAAUUGUUUUUGUUAACUUCUUUAAAUAUUCUCACCCUUAAAAUUGUAAGACUACUAUAUAAUUACUGUUUCUUUGCUUUUAAAAUGAAAAGGUUUUUCAUUCUUAACUUUUUUCCUUUUAUCAUAUUAUGUUUUAAAAAAAUGCAGAUUUUGGUUUCUGUACACAAAAAAAGAGCUUGUUUUAUUCCAUUUGCAAGGUCUAAGUGGAUCUUAUCAUCAUUAAUCCGGAACUUGAUCUGCUUUUUAAAAUUUUCCUUUUAUAAAACCCUUCUAAUUUCUUAAUCUGGUUCUUCCAAAAUAUCUCAUAUCUUUUGAAUGUUAAUAGGUUAUCUUCUUACAUAGAAGUUGUCAUGCUUAAUUGGUGAAAUAAAGGAAAUAUAUCAUGGUUUUAAAACUACCUGGGUCUUUUAGACAAAGCUAUGGUAGUUAUUAGCAAAAUGUAUGUGGAAAACAUUUUUUAGGCUUAAUUUGUUAACAGUUACAUAUGUUAUUUUGAGAAACACUUACCAAAUAUGUUUCUGUCAUAAUACACAGAUCAAAGAUGUGUGUUUCUGGGAGGGGAGGGAGGUUGUAUGUGGGUGGGUGUGUGAACACAUGUGCACAUAUGUAAGAUAGCCUGAUGUCUUAUUUUUUGAAAGAGGAAAAUAUAAAAACUUGAAAUGUGAUUUCUAUACCACUGGAUUACUAGGUAUUAGCUUUUUGUAACUAAUAUUCUGUAUAAAUGGAAAUUUUAAAUACAAAGAAUUUGUGGAAAACAUCAUAAAAACAAAACAUAUUGUUUUGACCAUGAUAGAAGUGCACUGUGACAGUGCUGCUUUCUCAGGGCCCAACUCUGCAGCCCUUUAGUGUGUACACUUUAUCUAAUUUUAUUUGAAAUUAUUAACACACAAAGGUUUUCUUGUCUGGUCCUUAGAAAAGUCAGACUUUUAAAGCACUGUUUGAACAUUAAGGAUUCUAUCUUUUUUUGAGUGGAUGAACAACUAAGUUGUAUUUUAAAUAUCAAAAAUUAUUAAAUAAAAAUUACUCUGCUUUUUUUA